AUGAAUUUCUCGAAGCAAGAAAAUGACCUGUCAUAUCUUAAAUACUGUGUGUUAAGGUUACUGCCCUCAGUGGACCUUUAUCUGAAGAAGAGCCCGAAAAGGCUGCUCUCUGACAUAGCCACUAUUCUUUCGCUGCUACAGAUCGCAUUACGGGGACACGAUUUCACUGAAAUUGUGCUCGCGUGGUCCAGUUUGUUUAUAGCAGUCGCUGGUUAUGAGAUUGCUUAUUGUGGCAAGGAAGCGUCGUACACCUGGAGAGACGGAUCGCUAGAGGCUUUCUUUGACGAAUACAUACCGCGGAUGCUAAAAACUCUGAAUGCUGAACGUGAAAAGAGGCUAUAG